UGGAUAGUGACGGCCGAGUUGGGUAUAUAUCAUUCCUUGCAUGGCAAGAAUUGUGUAGGUGAUGCUGUUCUUUGCUACUUUGCUCAACGCAUUGUGUUUCUUAUCUCUCUUUUUCUCAUUCGUCUCUUUGAACAGUCAGUCGCUCCUUCUUUUACCACUCAUUCCUCUUUACCAACCAACUGAGCGCUAGCCGUUCCUGUCGUUAUCUCCGUUUCAUUCGUGCACAUGUUCAGUGUUUCCAUUUAUCCCAAACCGAAUUCCUGCGAACUCCGUGCCAGAUGCUCGUCAUCACCUUAUUUCUCUGCGUUGCCUUCGCUCUGGCUUGCUCCCAAGAUGCCACGAACACUCUCCUACCGACUCCUAACCCAGCCCCAACCCAUGACGCCCCUAUCCAGCAACCAAGCCUCACCGAACAGGAACCCCAAACCACCGGCGCCCCUAUCCUCACGCCAACUCCUCUCGCAGGCCCAACCGCAACCAUUGACAAGCCCACGCUCCUACCUCCCGCAAAUUCGAGUAACGCCCCCACCUCGAACUUGAAGGUCGCCUCAUCACAGGGACUCAGCCAGUUCACCCAGCUCGUAGUCUUCGGCGAUAAUCUCUCCGACAACGGCAAUGGCUCCUCCGCUCACGGCGUUGCGGGCAAUCCAAGUUUCAUCUACGGCUUCAACACUUGGACCAAUGGUCCCAUCGCCGCGUCGUACCUCUCCACCCUUCUCAGCCUCCCCUUAAACCAAAAUUUCGCCUUCGGCCACGCGGCGGGAGGUUCCAAGUUUGGCGUUACCGUAGACAACUCCUUCACUCAAUCCGAUGCGGAAGCCCCUGAUGCAGCGGAACAGAUCUUGAAUUACACUACCUCGCCUGGGUUCAACAAGGAGAACGCAGAAAAGUCGCUGCAUUUCUUUUGGUUCGGGAACAAUGACGUCCUGCCGUGGCUGAUGAAUCCCCGACCACACAUCUUCUUCGGCGCGGGCGCCGAUGAGGGGAAUCGCGUGUUCGCUACUGACCUCGCGACUCGGAUUGCGGAUAACGUCGGAAGUCUGCUUGAUGCUGGAGCUAGAAAGGUAAUCGUGCCUAACAUCUACCCGCGGCACGUGGCGCCCGUGGUAGCUGCUUACUUUGGGCUAGAUGCGGCGGCGGUAGAGCAGUAUGGGGGUGUGAUUCGGUCUGUGAACUCGCAGUUGAAGACACGUCUAGAAGCUUUUGGAGAGAGGGUUAUUUAUUAUGAUGCGUUUAGAUUCAUGAUCAACAUGCAUGAACAGGCGAAAAAUGGCGGGGUUGAUGGGAUUCAUUUCAUGACGCCGGGCGCAGACAUCUGUGAUGGAGCUUCGAAGCAGGCCGUGCCCGGGACGGAUAACUGGGAACUUUGCCAGGUGCAGGGGAGGGCGGACGAGUUUUAUUGGAUGCAGUUUCUGGAUCCGACUACGCAUGUACAUCGAUUGGUUGCGGAGGAUAUGGCCAAGGUGGUUAGGGUGGCUUUGGGGUGACGCCAAGUUCUUUUCGUUCUGGCUUUGACUGGGUCCAGUAUAUCAUGUAGGGAUGGUGUUCUGAUGUUACUUUAGCUUUCGGUUUAUAUGAUUCUCCUGCCCCUUUCCUUCGGUUUCUCUCUUUUGGAUACGGAGUGGUAAAAUGC